CGUUUUAAGGGGAACACAGAGAGAGAAACAGCGUCAAAGGCUAGAGCUGCCGCCGCUAACAAAAUCACCGGAGAUCAUUAUUAGAGAUGAACAUCAUUGCCUUGAGCAGACGUCUAUACUCGCCUCGAUUCUCCGGUUAUCGUUCUCUGCACGAUGCGCUCUCGAAAACUGUAUUCUCGGGUCCGAUCCUGGGACGAUCCGUUCACCACCUCCGCAAGGCCGGGAGCUUCGUAGUCCCUCGUGUCUUGUUCGUGUCGCGAAACCUGUCGACGAAUGUUUCUUCUUCUUCUUCGAAACAACCUGCGUUUCUACGGUGGUAUUUGAGAAAGCUGGAGUCGCACCCUUUCAUCACUAAGAGCGUCACUACUUCCCUCAUUUAUAUGGCCGCUGAUCUCACUUCUCAGAUGAUCACGAUGAAGCCAUCUGGUUCUUAUGACCUGAUAAGAACAGCCAGAAUGGCUAGCUUUGGGUUGAUAUUUCUCGGGCCGUCACAGCAUCUUUGGUUCAGUUAUCUUUCUAGAAUACUGCCAAAGCGUGAUGUGUUGACAACCGUUAAGAAAAUAAUGAUGGGGCAGGCUCUCUUUGGACCUUUUAGCAACACGGUCUUCUAUUCCUAUAAUGCUGCUUUACAAGGUGAAAAUUCGGAGGAAAUUUUGGCAAGAUUGAAGCGGGAUCUUCUGCCUACGUUGAAAAAUGGACUUUUGUAUUGGCCAGUCUGUGAUUUUGUGACAUUCAAGUAUGUGCCCGUUCAUCUCCAGCCAUUGAUGAAUAGCUCGUGUGCAUAUAUAUGGACGAUAUAUUUGACGUAUAUGGCAAACCAGACGAAAGCAGACAGCUGAACAAUGACAAGAAUGACUUUUCUUGACCAAGCACAAUCGCAUUCUCUUUAUUAUAUUGAACCUUGAAUCAAACAUCAAAUAAUAGUACAAGUACAAUUGGUUUUCUUUUUUGGUAUCUGAAAUGCAACAAAAGUUUUGCAUC